CAGCACCGACUCACCCUCCCCCGCGAGUCGCUGCCCGUCGUUUGCGCCUAAAUCCCUGAGACGAGGGUUGGCAAGUUUUGGUUCGGCGAUCCUCCGAAAGCGACGAGCAAAGGUGAGCGCGCGAGGUACUGGUUUUUGGGCUAGCUGGUGCCGUGCAAAAACGCAUUGAAGCAUUGAAUUUUCCACUUCACGGAUCGAUGAAGAACAACCGAACGGUUUAAGGUUCCGGGAGCGCGUGCGGACCACUCGGUAGAGCCAUACACACAGCGCCUGUGUGUGGCUGUGUUUGUGUGUGUAUGUGUAUGUGUGCAUGGUAGUGGCCACAAAAGAACCCUCUCCCCCCAAAAAAAGCGACAACAAUUCACUCCAAAAACCGUUCGUUCCGGAAAGGCUUAUUGCUAGCUUGCUGUCCGCACAACAACAUCACCUCGCUCUACCAUCGCAACGUUUAAUCGGCUUGGUUAAGUGCACCAGCGAGUUGUGCUUCGGGUGUGUGCAACACACGUUCAACCACGACAUCCGACCAACAUACCACACUCACUCACCUGCAAUCAAUCAACCAGUGCUCUUCUUGGCAUGGCAACGGUCAAUCUAAAUCCGAACGGGUGUCCGGUCGGUGGCACCAACGCAGUCGGUUCGAGCACCUCCAUCCACUCGAUACAGGGGAAGGAUCAGUGGGUGAAGCUGAACGUUGGCGGCACCUGCUUUCUCACCACCAAAACGACCCUCUCCCGCGAUCCCAACUCCUUCCUGUCACGGCUCAUCCAGGAGGACAGUGAUCUUAUCUCCGACCGGGACGAAACGGGUGCAUAUUUGAUUGAUCGUGAUCCACGAUACUUUGCACCGGUGCUGAACUACCUGCGCCACGGUAAGCUCGUACUGGACGACGGGCUGUCGGAGGAGGGUGUGCUGGAGGAGGCCGAAUUCUACAACGUGACGCAUCUGAUCGGUUUGCUGAAGGAUAACAUUGCCCGGCGCGAACAGCGACCGGCGGCAGAUAAGAAACGCGUGUACCGGGUGCUACAGUGUCAGGAGAACGAGCUAACGCAGAUGGUGUCGACCAUGUCGGAUGGGUGGCGGUUCGAACAGCUGAUCAAUAUUGGCACGCAGUACAAUUACGGCACGGAGGAGAAUGCGGAGUUUCUUUGCGUCGUGUCCAAGGAGUGCGCCAACACGUUGAUUGGGCGCGAGGUGGAAUCGAACGAUCGGGCCAAGGUGCUGCAGCAAAAGGGUUCGCGUAUGUAAGGUGCCGUGUGUGAGAGGAGUGCGUGUUCGUGUGUGUGUGUAUGUAUGUAUGUACGUAGAAGCCCAUAUAGGACACAUACACGGAACAUUAUAGAUAGAAAUUAUUAAUCAACCUCCUCAUUAGACGGGAACGAGCGGAACGCGAAUGACGUGAUUCUUCAGCUCAACACACAUACACACACAUACACACACACUCACACACACUCCGUACUGGUUGGUUGAGAUGGGUCGGGAGGACUAAUAUUACUAGUGAUAUAGAACGUUUAAAGCUAGCUUCGAACUCGUUAAGUGGCGAGCGUUGAGAGACGGUACAAUCGUUGCAGUAAUUAAAUAUCCCAUUUAAUAUCUGCGUUUGUUAAGAAUACGGUUUAAACUGGCUUUAAGAUGCGUGUGCGUGUGUGUGUGCGUGUUUGUGUUUCUGAGCAUGAUUGUUACAGAUUGAUAGAACGAACAUUGCUUUUUUUUAAAGGAUGCACCAGCAGAAUGUACCGUAGCACAAUCACACAUACACUAAGAAAUGAGAUAGAAACAUGAGACUCUAGCAACACAUACGUGUGAUACACAGCGAUAUACUAACCUAACUCCUUACACACACAUUCACACACACACACACACCCCUUCAUCGUAUCGUUCAAACCACAAGAAAAACGGUGCAAAUGCAUCCCCCAAAAGCUGAGAAUAGCCGCGGCCUCGAUUAUAGCCACGUGCGUAGGUUAAAACGAAGUGGAAGAAGAGAUAACAAAAACUCGGUUUUAGCUUUAAGUUUUAGGCGCAUAAGAAGAAACAUCGUCGUAUUUGCCGUCUGCAGUAUAGCCUCAUUUGUCCCCCGAGAAAAGAAAACCACACUCACACACAUAGGCAGAUAGGAACCCAAAUCACCGACACACGCACACACACACACACUUGUUAGAUUUUAUAUCCGACGAAAUUAGUGUUAACCGGAAGGACUUUCCCUCCGGAAGGACUUUCCCAUUUGGUAGGACCCGGCACAAGGAACAAGAUGAACGCUUACAAAACAAAAAGACAUAUUAAGGUGUGUGUGUGUGUGUGUGUGUGCGUGUGUGUCAGCAUAUAUAAAGAGCAUAUACGGUGUAUGCCUCAACUCCUCCUGGAAGAUACUGUUUGGCAUAGCAAUACCCAAUAGUCUUAGGUACACAUACAUCGGAUGCAUCCGGCAGUUAGUACAACUAACAUCGAUCCCGACCCGAACUAGGUGCAACCGAAGAACUCCUCACAACCACACAUUCAUUCGCACCCCCACCCCCACCUCCUCCCAUUCCCCCCAAAGCUUACAGAAUUGGAUAUACGUUACGUCUGGUGAGACUGUUAACUAGAGGAAGAAGAAAAAGAAAAAGACACGGACUGCAAUAUGGCCGCUUCCUUGAUUGCUCUUGAAUCGAAUCACGACGAGGAAUAAAGACCGCUUUAAUGGUGCGUUUAUAAACGGGUGCGUACUAUUUCGUCCUCAUGGCGUUUUUGUUUUUGUUUCGUAAGUGGUAUACACGUGAGUUAACCUAAAAGCGAUAGUUUUGCUCCUUUUAUUGGCUUAUAUGUUGAAAUUUUUUUGAAAUGGUAGUUUCUUAUAGUUAGGGCCCAAUAGGGUAUGUAUGUGUGUGUGUGUGUGAGAGAGAGAGGAAAGGAUAGAUUGCACAAUAACCAACACAUUUACAGAGAUCUUCUCCUUACAGGGCCCGAAAGUGUGAACUCAUUUUUUCAAGGAAAAUGUUGUUUGGUCUAGAUUUUUUUGAACCAUUUUUGAUUACUUUCGGUUAGAAUUAGCUUUCAAAUUGUUACACUCACAGAGCAUUCUAUCGUUUUGUAAAUGUUGGUGCGCUCUGCCGAACAUCGGCGUAACAUCUCCAAGCAAAGUAGGUCUCAUCUCUCUUACCCAGGUACCCAGGGACAUGUGGGUAGGUUUCGGAAAAUAGUAGAAAGACUGGUAAGGUUUAGAGUACAUCACGAAACAAAAAAUAUCUUUAACUUACUAACAACCAGCUCGUUUCGAAAGUGACUUACGAUAUCAUCGUAACCCAAAAUAACACUUAGCGGUAACGGCGUCUCGAAGUAUCCAAACAGAGGACACAUUUAAAGCAAUCGGGGACAGUUCCACGUUAGAGUUCUAGACCUGCUAGAACUGUCCACUCACCACCAAGCACCACCAAAAACACCUUCACACAAACACCUCCCCCCCCCUCCCCCCUAGAGCUAAGAGCUAGAAACUACCCGGUUUAGGGUUUAGUAGCUUAUAAGAGGACGUGCUAGAGCGGAUUUUUGUUCAAGAAAACGGGAAACAGUGACGACGAGACAUACGCGAAAGCCUUUCGAUUAAUGUGCUACAGACAGUGCACCAGCUACGAGCAGCCAGGUGGUAGCCAUAUAACAGUAGUUAAUUAAUAUAAUGUCGUUAAUUAGAAGAUGAGAUGAUGCGGCAAAACCCUUCUGGCUGACGCACAAAUGAAGAAAAAAAAACGGAAACAAAACGAAUCUAAGAGAAAAGAAGUGUAAUUAACACAGACAACAAAAGGAAAAAAGGGCAAAAAAGUAUAAAAAGAAGCAGCAAAAGAAAAACACGGAAAAGAUAUAGAUAUAAAAGAGAGAAAAAAGGAAAAGAAAACUAACGAAAGCAAGAGAGCAAGCGUCAUAUAAAGAAAACUUAAUAAAUUAUAUAUAUAUACACUUAUAUAUAUAUAACUUUAUAUAGAUUAUCGUACCAUGGUGUUUGUACUUGAUUUGCAAUGAAUAGAAUGAUAGAUGAUAAAACAGAAGAAACCUGGCUACAGCAUUACUCAAAAUUUAGGUGCAAGGUGGAGCAAAAUGGAAAAUUGAAAACAAAAACAAAAAACUAAGUUGGAAAAAUCUACCCCGAGAAGAGAGGAACAGAGAAAGAGAUAGAUUGAGAGAGAGAGAGAGAGGAUUAAUACACAGUUAAUGGAGUUUGGAAUGCAGAGCAGGAAACAUCAACAACAACAAAACUGUGAUUAAAAAGAUGCUGUAUUAAAUGUUUCCCAGUA